GUGUAGGUUUGAUUCCGGAGGUGUUCUCUGGACCAAAAUUUUGUUGAAAUACGAUAAGUAAAUUGUAGCAUCCAAAACUUUAUCUAUGCAUUAUUCUUUUGAAUACGAUUGAGGUACUCAAUACAAAUUGCAGUCAUGUCGCUUUCAAAGAGAGAGUAUGAGGACUACAAAGCAGCAGUAGAGAAGAUGGUCUACAAAUACGUGACUCGUGAUAGGUCAAGUAUUGUUUCAGCCAUUACUCAUGCUGUCGACUCAGGAUGUGACAAGAGGAAAGUGGAAGAUAAGCUUAUGGGUUAUGUUGAUAAGAGUUUAGCCUACAAGUUAGCAGAAAAGGCAUUUAUUGUAUUAGAAGAUAUUGGGGCCAAGGUCAAAAGUUCAUCCUCUCGCAAGCGCACACACAAAGAUGAAAAUGAUCGGGAGAAGGACAGCAAAAGAGCCAGGGUCAAGGAGGAGAAAGAGCCACCACCUGAGAACAAGCAGCCCCCACCCCCACCCACCACAGCUCCCAAUAACACAGUCAGCCCUGGCCAGAUCCAAGCUCAGCAGAUUAAGGAUAUUAUGGCCAAGGCACAGGCAGUUAUUGAGGAAAGAAAAAAAGCAAUGGCAAACCUGCAUCCAGUGGAGUCAAAACCUGCAACCAAUGGAGCAGCUGUACCCUUGAUCAACCAAGCCUCCCCAGCAGCCUUAGCAGGUGUUGGGAGCAGUGAUGUGAGUUCUCGCAUUGCGGAACUGCAAGCACGCAUUCAAGCACAACUUGGUAAUGUGUCUGCAAUAGGAAUUGGAAGUGCCUUGGCAGCUGGUGUAGGUGGAGCUGGUGGAGCCCCUCCACCAGCUAAGCCUCAGGGUGAACAAAGCAAGCCAACACCUCUUAUUCUCGAUGCUGAAGGAAGAACUGUAGACAUGAGUGGAAAAGAGGUUCAUCUGACACAGCGGAUUCCCACUUUAAAGGCCAACAUACGUGCAAAGAAACGAGAGGAGUUCAAGCAACAGUUGCAGGAGAAACCUGUUGAAGAUACUGUUGAAAGCACAUUCUUUGAUAAUCGUGUCAGUAUUAGACCUUCCAUGAAAGCUAAAAGAAUGUUCAAAUUCCAUGACCAGGGCAGAUUUAUCCAGUUAGCUCAGAGGGAGAGAGCAAAGGCUAGGCUAGAGAAACUCCAAAAUGAAAUCUCUCAAGUAGCAAAGAAGACUGGCAUUUCUUCGGCAGCUAAAUUAGCACAGUUGGAGCAGCGAGACAUCAAAAGCACAACUGAUGGAUGUCCAGACGUUGAGUGGUGGGAUGUAGUUAUUCUGAAAGGAAAUAGGUGCGAAUGGCAAACUUGAUGCGUGUGUUAGGGACAGAGGCUGUCCUGGAUCCAACAAAGAUGGAGAAGCAUGUGAGGGAGCAGAUGGCCAAAAGACUGAAGGCUCACCAGGAUGCCAAUGCAGCAAGAAAGCUCACACCGGACCAGAGGAGGGAUAAGAAAAUCAGGAAACUUAAGGAAGAUACUACCACAGGAGUCCAUGUAUCAGUGUACAAAGUGACAGACUUUUCAAAUGGCUCCCACAAGUUUAAGGUUGAAACCAAUGCAAAACAGCUGUUUUUGACUGGUACAGUUGUAUUGUUUAAGGAUAUAAAUGUAGUUGUUGUGGAAGGAGGACCCAAACAACAAAAAAAAUACAAGAAGCUGAUGAUGGAGCGAAUUAAAUGGGCAGAAGAAUCGCGUUCGAAAGAUGCUGAAUUAGAAUCAAAAUGCCAGUUGAUUUGGGAAGGGUCUGUACCUGAAAGAAGCUUUGGGGAGAUGCAGUUCAAGGCAUGCCCCACAGAAUCUUUUGCAAGAGAUCAUUUUAAGAAGCAUGGAGUGGAACAAUAUUGGGACUUGGCUUAUGGCAAGAAAAUCCUGGAAGAAGCAGAUGAAGGUGUCUGAGGUCUGACGCAAUGGGAAUGUGUAUAUUUAAGCAAGGGUUAUCAAUAUUUUAAUAAUGAUCAUCAUUUUGUUAUCAUAUUGUUAUUUUUGUACUUUCCUUUUUUUCUCUUAUCUUUGGAAUAUCAUUAAAAAAAGCUCAGGUGUUUCAUAAUGUUUUGAUGAAACUUCUCAAAUUAGGUUGAGUGUUGUUAUGCAAUCCAUUGUAAUUUUUUAUAAGUAACAUCACCGAAAUACUUCCAUGGACAAGACUUGUAUGAACUGUUCACUAUAUUGUUAUAAAUUGUGUGGUAGAUUUGACUGUGAAAGUUGAAUUUCUAUGCGAACGUGUUUUGUCUCUUCCAGCAUAAAAAAACUGAUAUGAAA